GGAUCCACAUCAUUGGCAUAGUGUUCCAGUGCUGUGAUCUUUGUCGCCAUAGGAUUGCAAUGAUUUCCAUCACGUUCAUGCCCUUGAUGAUCUUCAUACUCAUGACAGUACUGGGAUCAUCGUCCUCGUCUUCUUAUUCUUAUCAUUUGCAGAACAGGGGAACUGGAUCAUGGUUCACUCAAGCAGAGCGAUUGAUUGAAAGCUCCGCUUUUGUCUUGUGUCUAAAACUUUUUGUUGAUUAUGAUUGAUCGUUGUGCAGGAGCAGAAUGAAGUCUAUGUCUGGCGCAACAUUAUUUAGAAAGAAUCACAAUCACGUUCUCCCCUAGCAUGAAGUUCAUCCAUGAAGUUCGUCGUUGUCGUUCUAACUCCAAGUGCAGGCCAGAAGAUGGCACAUGGGCGCUCGACGCAUCGUACAGCUCUGGAGGUUUUGCUUUGGCGCUAAGGCGAGAUCCGGUUGUUUGUUAUCGUCAGUCGCAGGUUGAUACAGCCCGCAUGUAUCUGCGUACGAUGCAACCGCGUCGGGUCGCAAGGUAGGCAUACCUCUGCUUCGGCGGUGGAGGACUGGCGGGAAGCCGCCUCAAUAGUGCAAAAUGUCACGCAGACCUGUUAAUGCGCGUUGUUGAUUGGCGAGCCCCUGUUCGGUGGUAUGCCUGCGUCUGGCAUGAAGAGAACUUUUUCCACACGAUGAUCCGUGAAGCAAACGCCUCGUCUUGAGCUGGUUCAUUUUCUCAGAGAGGUGCUGAAGAUAGUGCCCUUUGAGCAGCCUCGGAAGUCGGAAUAUCAGGUGGCCCCCAUCUUUCAAAGUAGUUGCAUCUACGAGCUGCUGGACGAGGAGGCGAAAGCGCAACACUUCUUUUCACUCUAUACUAACUACAACUUGCUGGACUGCAAAAUAAGGAAAUACAUACAACAAAGUCACAAGUUCAUAGUACAACAGACCUAAAAGUUUCGACAAGGAAUCGAGAAGACGGAAGACCCAAAAAGGCAAAUCUGUUCCGCUAUGGUUAUUUUUGGUCGAACGGAU